CACAACACAACACACCAAGCGACAUCCAUCACGUCCAUCAACCCAUUUCAGCACUUUUCGAACCCACAUCACCAACUCAUCCAAAACCGCAUUUUCAAGCUUCGAAAUGGCACCAAAGGCAGCACAGAAGACUCCAACCACCGCUGGCAAGGCCCCAGCCGGUAAGGCUCCAGCUGAGAAGAAGGAGGCUGGCAAGAAGACUGCCGCCCCAUCUGGUGAGAAGAAGAAGCGCACCAAGACCAGAAAGGAGACCUACAGCUCGUACAUCUACAAGGUCCUCAAGCAGGUUCACCCAGACACUGGUAUCUCCAACCGUGCCAUGUCCAUCCUGAACUCUUUCGUCAACGACAUCUUCGAGCGCGUCGCCUCUGAGGCAUCCAAGCUCGCUGCAUACAACAAGAAGUCGACCAUCUCUUCUCGCGAAAUCCAGACCUCUGUACGACUGAUCCUGCCUGGUGAGCUUGCGAAGCACGCCGUCUCUGAGGGCACCAAGGCCGUCACCAAGUACUCUUCCUCAACCAAGUAAACGUCAUCACGGGUCUGAGAUGAUUGGCGUUUGUUCUUUGUCACUUGGUUUUACUCGAGGGCUCAUACGAUGUGAGGGCCGAGGCGUUUCGAUAAUGCGAUCAUGGGAUGGGUUUGUUUUAGAUAUUUCAUUUACGAUGCUCACAAUACCAUGAGCGCUACCUAGGCGGCGGCGCGAACAGAGCAUUCGGGCAUGAUGGGCUGUACAGUAGCAGCAGCAGCGAGGCGGCAGAUAUCAGAUGGAUGGUCUGACAUGAAAUGCAUGAUUUCAAACUUCACUAUCUGUUCUUCCUC